CCCUGCGAUAACAGUAAUAAGAUUACAGGAAGUCAUAAAUAAGAAGGCGAGGCUAUAUAAGGCGAGCACCGCACAGCUGUUGUCAGUCUGCCACCUGCACCCACACGAGUACGUACUCCGCUCCGCUAACAUGGCCAACACUCUCCUACUCGCCCUGUCAUUGGCUGUCGCCGUGGCGAUGACGUCAUCAUUCCCCGCUGGUCACGUGAUCAGCAAACGCGCCGUCCUAUUGGACGACGACUUCGCGGAGGCCCCACGCCGCUCGGACGACAACGACUGGGCCGGAGACUCGGUCGAGGAGUGGGCCCUGGAGGACGCCGAUGAUAUGGAGGUGGAGGAGGUGCCCGAUAAUGAGGGGUCCGCCACCAACUUCAUUUCCCGUCUCGCGCGACGGCUAUUCGGAGGUGGAGGUGCUGGGCGUAGACGCCGGAGACCUGCCCGCUCUCAGCUCGCAAGAUUCACUAGCCCGCGCCAAGCGAGGGCACCACCACCUGCCCAUCUGGGUCAACACUUUCCAAAUGACCGACCACCACGCCAACUUCAAGUGGGGCGUCCGCCACAACGUGGGCCACUAGGCCACCGCCACAACCGGCCUCCGCACCACAACAGAAGGCCCCGCCCACUCCUGGGAUUGGCUAGUGGAGGAGCCAAUAGGAGGCCUCGAUACAGACACGUGAACCCUCACAUGGAUCAGUACGCAGAUGCAGGGGACUUAGAUGACGUUAAUUACGAUGAUGAUUAUUACGAGGAACAAAAUGUGAUACCCAGGAGACCCCGAGGGGGUAAAUCUCCCCUGGUCAUCCAGGUUGUGGAUGACCGUAUCAGCAAGAAAUAAUUUCAGGUGUUGGGGAUAAAACUGACUUUUUUCAUCCAUAUUUCAUGGAUGAAAUAGCCUUACCCACCCAGGGGUCGUACAAGUCGUGGUCGGUCACAGACCAUGAACAUCCAGAGAAAUGAGUGAGACGUUGUCCAAAUAGCUAUGCACUUCUUGCGCUUGUGUGGGUCAUCCUGACUCAUUUUGCUCAGCAAAAAGGCGUGUCAGUGCCGCUCUUUGCUCGUGAUGAGGGUAAGAGAGUGUGUCGAUAUUUGGGGCCAUACUUUCAAAACUCGCUAAGUGAACGUAAGUAUUUACGCUCUAU